AUGACUGGAGGCAGUAGCAAUGUAAUAUUCCAUGAGAAGGAAGUAGAUGUAAUGCCCUUUGGUUUAAAGAUCAAGCGAACUCGUCGGUACAAUGUCUCGUCCAAGAAUCUAUUUGUUGUUUGUACCCAACUACUUGACACAUCCUCCAUAGAAUGUACAUUGACAUCAGAGAGCACUGGCUUCGAGUGUCUACAGAGUAUAGCACAACGUAUUGAGCUACAACAGAUGCAGUGUUUUGGUCUUCGUUACCGCAACAAGAAACUUCAAUUUCGUUGGGUUGACCUUGAGCGACCUUUGAAGAGACAACUAGAUAAGCAUGCUGAUAACAACCUCCUCUACUUUGGUGUCAUGUACUACAUCAUUGAUGCCCACUUGAUAGAGGAUGAGAUGGCAAGGUACCAAUAUUACCUUCAAUUGAAGAAUGACAUCAUUGAUGGCAGGCUACCAUGUUCCCAUGAGCAAGCGGUCCUUGUGGCUGGUUAUAGUGUUCAAGCUGAGUUUGGAGAUUUUAAUGAGCAGAAACACACCAUUGAUUUCUACAGAGAAUAUGUCCUAUUUCCCAGGAAUAUGACAAAUGAUGAACGAAUCCUUGAAGGUCUAACCCAUGAGUUGAGAAUACGCCACCAGCAUCUGUUAGGCAUAGAGCCUCAGAUGCUAGAGAUACAAUACAUCCUCUAUGUACAACAAAUGGAGGGCUAUGGUGUAGAAUAUUACCCUGCUAAGGACGAGGCCAGUACAGAACUGUUGCUAGGAGCAUCUGUAGAUGGAAUGUUUGUUAACUUCAAACAUGUAGAUGAGAAACCCUCAAUAUUCUACAAAUGGUCCAGUAUUAAAAGCCUAGUGAGCAAUAAGAGGAACCUAGGACUACAGAUCAUAGGUCAGAGUAAGGUGGUCAUCUAUCAAAUGGAUGACCCUGAGACUGCAAAAUAUGUCUGCAAAUUAUGCAGUUUACGUCAUCGAUUUUACACGCAAACUAAAGAUCUGAUUGAAGAUGGGACUCUUACACAUGGAGUUGCAUUUGUUAAUGAACCAAAUUCGACUGAGAGAAGUGUAGAUGUCCACCAAGAUUUACCCAGUCUGGAUCAGCUUGAGCAGCAUAAAGAUGCAGUUCUAAAGAACCAAAACAACUAUCCCCAGUCAGAGAACCAAGAAACUAGUCAUCAUCACCCCCAGGGCUACCUCCCCAAUGAUCCUUACCCCCAGGGCUACCUCCCCAAUGAUCCCCACCCCCAGGGGUACAUCCACAAUGAACAAAGCUCACAGUCACCCUCCUCUUCUGAGCCUCACAUUCAGUCAUAUACAGCAUCUGACCCUGCACAGUAUUUACACAAUGAUUCUAAUACUCAGCAUUAUAUCAAUGAACCUCAGGUUCAUGGAGAUCAAAAUUCUCAGUCAUAUCAGAUCACAUCAGAUGUAAAUCCUCAGCUUUACAAUCAAAAUAAUCUUUAUAAUCAAACAGAAGGCCAUCUCCCAUCAUACAGCACUGCAGUACCCAACCCCCAGUCAUACACCUCCUUAGAUGUUCUUGGCUCCCAGUUUGGCGCCUCACAGGCUAGCCUAGAGCAACCCCAAGCCGAAAUCCCUUAUACUGAAGGUCUUUAUACUAAUCUGCCCAGUACAUCUGGGGACAUGGUGAAAGGGAGCCAAUAUAGCGCAGACAGUGUUGAUACUCUGGACAGCGUUAACAGUGGGGGGAACCUCAAGAUGCAGCAAAAGCAAGGAAUGGCUGUCUCAGUCACCUCCCUCGGGUAUCCCCCAGCAUCUACGCCACCUCCACCAGUCCCAAAUAUUGAGCUCCCUGCGUAUAGACCGAGCCCAGAUUAUAAUCAUGUAAUGGAAUCCAGAUUAAGGGGGAUGCCAAGUAAUCAGAACAGCGUGCAAUUCCAACAACAAACCUCACCCCAACAGCUAAAUCAGCAACAUCAGUUCAGCUUUAGUCAGGCGGCUAACAUUGGAAGCUCCCACGUGUACAGUAGACCAGAGACCAUGGCUUACAGCCAGCCAGAGAUAGGACAAUCCCCACCAUUCUACCAGGAAUAUCUCAACUCCGUCAUGAAGGAAAACCCUCAGAUCUACGCACAGCCAUUCGUUGAUGCAAAUGGCCAUAUUCACUACCGUCCAGUAGAACAGGUGUACAGGCCUAGGAAUCCUGUUGAUAGAAGUAGUUCAUUAAUUGUGCACUCAACAUAUGCAAAUAGCUCCCCUGAUUUACACACUCAGGGUUUACUGGUUAGUUCAACCUCUGAGACAAUGAUCAAUGAGCCCAUGUUCACUCAACCAAAGGCUUAUAAGCCUCCCCCUCCGUAUAACCCAAGGAACAGUAGUAGCACACCUGACUUAGCAGGUAGCCAGCAACUGGUUGCGAGUAACAAUGAAUUAACAUCCCUUGUGUCGCAUAGAAACAUUAACCUCACCAAUGAAUUGGUGGUUCAAUCCAGACUACACCAUAGUGUCGAUAAUCUUGCAGAGGCUGUAGAAAGUUUAGAAAUACCAAAUAGCUUGAAUGAAAUUGAUCGUAAAAUCAGUGAUUCUUCUAGCGAACACUCAAAUCUGACAUUUGUCACUAAAAAUUUGAGUCGACCUAGUUCAGUGUCAGUUUCCCAUGAUAUGUCAAUAUCGGAUAUGACCCCGAGUCCAACGACACCUGCGCCAGUGAUGGGGCUGAGUAUGAUAGAGAGGCUUCAGAGAGAGAUGCAAGCCCAGGCAAUGAUAAACCAGGCCCCUGGAUCUCAACAACCCCAAGAGAAUAACAUACAAACAAUGAAUUCUGAAUCAAAUAUGGAUCAGGCAAGUGGUAGUACCCAUCAGAAUAUGAACAAUGUUGACCCCAGGUUACCCCCUUCUCUUCAGGCACUGGCUGCCAUGGGGGCGCUACCCUCCCCACCCCCAUAUAGACCACCAGGUGUAACAAAGACAAUCAAUCAAAAUGUCGGCUCAUUUGAUAGCAGUGACGCCGAGAGUAUACAAUGUUUGGACACAACUAGGGCACAAUCUGAGCCUAGCAUAACACAUAGCAAAACAAGCUCACUUGACACAACCUCCCUGUCUCAUAAUGUAGAUGCUCAGUCACUAGGACCUGAGACACGAUCCCUGGGGGCAGAUACCAUAUCCCUGACCCCCCAGGCUGAGGAGACUGAAGUGGUACAGAUGCGUAACAAAAGGGAUAGUACCGUAAGCUCAGAGGAGGAGACUCGCAGUGAUACUUCUGAAGAGGAAGUGAAAGUGAAACGUCGUAGUAUGGGUCCUCUCAAGAUGGCUGCCAUGAAUGGUCUGUCGAUGUCACGUGCCAGCAUGCUAUUGGCUGAAGCUGACGACUCUCGUGCACCUACAGAUGAGAGGCGUAAGAAGUUUGAGAACAAGUUAGAAGAUGGCCAGGUUUUUAUGGAGUUUGAACAGAUACCUAAAAAGCGAGAACAUUGUACCUGUAAUGCUGCUACCCAUCCAGAGAAUGCUAAUAGGAACAGGUUCAGGGAGGUGUACCCCUAUGAUGAUAAUAGAGUCAAGAUACCCCCAAGUAGGAGCAACAGCCUGGGUUACAUCAAUGCUUCACAUAUUAAGAUGCACAUAGCUAGCGAUGACUGGCUUUACAUUGCCACCCAGGCCCCUCUGGACAACACAGUGUCAGAGUUCUGGCAGAUGAUCUGGGAAAGUGAGGUCUACGUUAUAGCCAUGUUGACUGAGAUACAGGAGCAAGGCAAACAGAAGUGCUGCUCUUACUGGCCAAGAGUUGGGGAUAAAUCCCCCAUGCAGUUUGGUGAUUUCCAGAUUUACAUGCAGUUCUGUAACAAAACAGAGUGGUUCAAUACAAGUAGGUUAACAGUGAAACAUUUACCUUCUAAAUGUGAAAGGGAGCUAUGGCACCUCCAGUACACAGACUGGCCAGAGAAGGGCUGCCCUGAAGACAUACAUGGUUUCCUAGCAUACUUAGAUGAGAUUGAUUGUGUUCGGAGACAUGCAUACAGUGAGCACCCAGACAACAAGCUUACCCCCAUAUUGGUGCAUUGUAGUGCAGGGGUAGGGAGGACAGGUGUUGUCAUCCUGGCAGAGAUUAUGAAGGCUUGCCUAGAAAGAAAUGAGACAAUAGAAAUUCCAAAGGUGUUACGUCAACUCCGUGAACAGCGUAUGCAUAUUGUACAAACAGUAGGGCAGUACAGCUUCGUCUACAGAAUACUCAUUCAAUAUUUAAAGAACUCCAGGCUUAUAUGAUACUGGAGCAUAAGUAAAGGUGCCAAAACCUCUGAAGGAUUUCCCUUGCUGGGUUGUUCAUGUUUUCAACAGACAUGAUGGGAAAUGACAUGCCAUUAUGUGAAACUCCAGCCUACAUGAGAACUCGAGACCUUCCUUUAUAAAGGAUAUCAUUACAUGGAUUUAUGAACAUGAACUAAGGAAGCAACAUACAAAUUCUCUUGCCAACAUUAAAAAUGUUUAUGAAAGAUGCAAUGAUUUAUGGAUAAGACUUGUUAUUGAAUACUGAUCUGAAUCUCAAGGCUGGAAGUAGGAUGGUAUAUGUAUACCUCCUUUGCCUCUUAUUAUAAGGAUUACUACGUGUACAGUUCUAAAUAUUUCUGUGCAUGAAUGAUUAAAUAGUGGCUACUCCCGUGCAUAUCACUGUGUUUAAAGGAACUAGGAUGCAUUUUAGAAUGCCCGCAGCGCAAGUCAAUUGC